GUCAAGACGAAACAAAGUGUCAAAACCCAAACCAACCAAGCAACACAGCACAAGGCGCCUCGAGCCACUUAAACAGAGCAAGCCGCCGCGGCGGCGACCGGGCGACCGACGCCGAGGCUGCGCGCCCUGCGCCGGGAUCGAGAGGGGAAAGGGAAGGGGACCAGCCGGCUCGCUUGGAGGCUGGAGCUCGGCCCGGCGGGCCCAUGGGGGGACGCCUGGUGUCCAUGCUCCGGUGGCCGCCGGACCUGGGCCUGCCCAGCCUGGCCGCGCUGCUCCCCGCGCCGCCCGCGCACCUCCGGGUCCAGGUCCAGGAGUGGUGGCAGUGGCAGUGGCAGCGGUCGCGGCCCGAGCAGCUGGGCGCGGCGGCGCGGCGGUGGCCCGAGCUCGUGCGGGACGUCCCGGUCCUGGUGGACGCCGCGCUGUGGGGCGUCGUCACGGCCGUCGAGUCCGUCGCGCUCGUCUCCAUGAUGUGCUGCUUCUUCCUCUGCUGCGGCUGCACGCUCUGACGAUGGGCUCCGCAGUGCCGCCGCCUGCCAAGCAAAGCAAGUACUGCUGCCGCCUGCCAGUAUGGGUGAUGAUUCCUCCGUCCGUCCCCAUGGCGUCCGAUCUCUUCGGGUUUUUUUUUUUACUGCGUGUUGGUUGUGGUGGAUCAGCUGUGGCUAGGUGGAGUUACUGUCAUGGCAAUGGUAACUAGGAUGUGAUCUGUGAUUGUAUUUGGGCGCCAGUUCUCCGCCAUUUUGAGAUCUGACUUGAAGCAGGGUGCUGUAGCGAUAGUGCGGGAAGGGGAUUGCUA